GUGCAUUGAACCCUGAGGGGGACACGGCGUUUUGCGGCGUGUGUGUUGUUGACUCCGGCAGAAAUGCUAUGAUUGGGUCGGAACCAUGUCCACAGCGCCACGUUUAAGCUGCCUCAUCGUCUUAAGCGGAUCCAAAGAUGGGAACUCUGCCCCGUCCUUCAUCCAGACGUUCACGUUGCUGCACAGCACAUUCACGGUGCAAAUAGCGACCCCGGGGGGUCGACCUCUGGAGUUUAUCAACCAGGAUGAGCAGAGUCGGCGAUGGCUCAACGACUUCCGCAUGAAGGUCUUUGCCAUUCCCAUCGGUCUACAGACAGUUGACCCCAACCGCUACUCCUGCUUGAUACUGCCCCACUCCCCUGGAGCUGUGCACGAUCUGUGUGAAAACAAGGACCUGGCUCACAUCCUCAAGCACUUCAUCCAAGAAAAGAAACCCAUCUGUGCCAUCGGAAUGGGAGUGGCGGGCCUCUUCGCAGCUGUGGACGACGGCGACAUCUGGAGUUUUCGAAGAUGCACCCUCACUGCUGUCUCUGUUUUUGAGUUGGCGAGGAGCCCCGACUUCGCGAACCUUCCCGUUAUCCCCGAGGACGUCAUCAAGGACCGUGGAGCACUUUACAGCUCGAGCGACCCGGACGAGGUGCACGUGGUGGUAGACCGGCACCUGGUGACCGGCCAGAAUGAGCAGUCCACCCUCACCGCCGUGCAGAACCUGGUGCUGCUCUGCAACCAGAAGCAGGGUGGCGCAGUCCGCAAGGACAGGCACCAGUGAGCGUUGCCCGCCCCGCCACUGCCGCAGCAACUAUUCAGAAAAAAGCGUGUGCCACCCCCUCUCUCCAUGCAGGUAGGAAGCUUCUGAAGGAGACAUGAGGCCACCAGAGAUGAAGCCAGAAGUGGGGGGGGGGGACACGCCUGCAACGAUGGCCAAAACCAAGAGAUGCUAUUGUACGAAAAGGAGAGCUGCCUUGGCGCCAACAGCUAUUUUGGUUGGCGUCAAGUCAGCUCUCCUUUUCGUCCAAUAGCGUCUCUUGGUUUUUGUCAUCGUUGGGGGCGUGUCCUUCCACACUUCUGGCUUCACCUCCGGUGGCGUCAUGUCUCCUCCAGAAGCUUCCUACCUCCAUGCCUUUCUCUCUCCCUCUCUAGAUGUCACUUUCUCGCCUUCCUCUACUACCAAUGCCCCUCCUUCACCCCAGUUUUCUCUUUUCCCUGCCUUCUCUUCCUCUUCAUUUGUACAUGCAAAGUGCGCUAAUAUAUUUUUUACAACCUCG